AUGCCUACCGAAGCCUCCAAGGUGUCCCGCGCUGGCAUCGCAACCUCAGCAACCGGCGAGCGACACAUCNCCUCCUCCGUACGACCUGAUGGAUCUGUAAGGAAAGAAAUCCGCGUGCGCCCUGGUUACCGCCCUCCGGAAGACGUUGAACUCUACAAGAACCGAACAGCCGAAGCAUACAAGAAUCGUGGCAAGGGUGGGGUUCCAGGCGCCGAUACUGCUUCUGCCCCGCCAGAAGCUCCUUCUGCCGCUGCCAACAAGAACGCAAAACGUAGAGAGGCCAGAAAGAAGGCCGCAGCGUCUGUUCCAACCAGGGAUGAUAUCCCUGCCGCAACUGCAGCCACCGAACAACCUCCUGCUGCAGUAGAACCCGCCAAACAGGAGCCUGUCGAUCCGGAAGUCGAGAAGACAAAAGAGGCCAAGAAGCUGGCCAAGAAGCUUCGCCAGGCACGCGAUCUGCAGGACAAGAAAGAGAAGGGCGACUCCCUGCUUCCGGAGCAGUUCCAANAAGUCAUCAAGAUCAAUGAGCUCAUUCGACAACUUGAGACCCUGGGUUUCGAUUCCAAUGGAGACAAGAAAUCCACAGAAGCCGAAUCGUGA